GAACCAGGGAGUUUUUUUUUCUUCUAAAGGGAAGUAGAGACCGAGGUUUAUUAUUAUGGACCCCGGUAAAUCUGCGAGCGCUCCUCCACAGGAAUACGGUGAUGAGAAGUCCUCCAUGGGCCAGGUGCCACCUCCGGCCUACUUUGACAACCCCUACCCGGGGUACCCUCACCCCGGCGCGGCAUACCCACCACAGAUGCAGGGCUUCGGACCUCCUCCACCUUAUGGGGGUGCAGGAUAUGGAGAGCCGUUUCCCAUGGGUCAGCAGCAGUACCCAGCACAGCCGGCCACCGUCACUGUCCAGCCCACAGUGUACGUGACUCGAGGCCCGCUGACUGAACCUGUGAACGACUACCUGUGCUACUCCAUCUUCACCAUGCUGUGCUGCUGCCUGCCUCUUGGAAUUGCUGCCCUCAUCUACUCCAUCAUAGCUCGUGAAGCCAACCACACUGGGGACCGGAACGCGGCUGAUCAGAGCAGCAGGAUGGCCAGGACACUGAACCAUGUGGCCCUGGGAUUCGGUAUCGGGUCCUUUGUUCUCCUCAUUGUCUACAUAGUGGUUGUAGCAGCCUUUGACAACUAA